GGCCAGGUUUCGAAACCAGAGAACUAUUUUCAAUUCUCCACAUCCCCGGUUGAUGCACAUUAAACUGGGAAAGAAACGUAAAAGUAACAGCAAACGCUCCAGCCACAUAAGUCUGCACGUGCCAGUUUCCAGAAGGCCGAGUAACUAUUCUCAACCCUCCCAUCCUUCCCCUCGAUCGAUGCGUUCAGUAACGCCCUCUGGCAGUCAGGAGGUUCUUAGUAGUCCAGUGAAAGAACAUCCCGAAUCCCCAGCCAAUCCAGAAGGAUCCUCAAAAGGAGAAACUAGACAGAUGAAAGGACUUGAAUGUAGUGUUAACGGACGAGGAGCGGCAGUAUCCAACCAAGUUUAUGGACCUCAUUCUUCUACAGCCACGACUAAUACACGUUCACAGUCCAAUGCCAAAUCGCCUUCCCCACCAACACAAGUUUAAUGACGGCAACAUUUC